UUUAUGGUGCACCUUUUUGGUGUAGCUUAACUAGUAAGGUGUUUAGUUGCUUGUUCCCCAAACUAAGAUAUUUAAGAGUGCUAUCUUUGAGUGGGUAUCACAUAAAAGAGUUACCAAACUCAGUCGGAGAUUUAAAGCAUUUACGAUAUCUUAAUUUGUCCAAUACUUAUAUUGAAUGGCUACCAGAAUCGAUAAGUGAGCUCUACAAUUUACAAGCCUUAAUAUUGCGUCAAUGUCAACAUCUUGCAAUGUUACCUAAGAGCAUCGGGAAUUUGGUUGAUCUUCGACAUCUGGAUAUUACCGAUGCAGUGAAAUUAGAAAAGAUGCCUCCACACAUAGGUAACUUGGUAAAUUUGCAAACACUAUCAAAGUUUAUCGUGGAGAAAAAUAAUAGCUCAUCAAGUAUAAAAGAAUUGAAGAAGUUGUCGAAUAUUAGAGGGACACUUUCCAUUUCGGGGUUGCAUAAUGUGGUGGAUGCUCAAGAUGCAAUGGAUGUGGAUUUGAAGGGGAAGCAUAACAUUGAAGAUUUAACAAUGGAAUGGGGCAAUGAUUUUGAUGAUACUCGCAAUGAACAGAAUGAAAUGCAAGUUUUGGAGUUGCUUCAACCCCAUAAAAAUCUGGAAAAACUCACCAUCUCAUUUUAUGGUGGAGGAAUAUUCCCAAGUUGGAUGAGGAACCCUUCAUUCUCACUGAUGGUGCAGUUGUAUCUCAAAGGUUGCAGAAACUGCACACUGUUACCAUCUCUUGGGCAAUUGUCCUCGCUCAAAAACUUGCGCAUUGAAGGAAUGAGUGGAAUAAAAAAUAUAGAUGUUGAGUUUUACGGGCAGAAUGUGGAGUCUUUUCAAUCGUUGGAGUCUCUAACCUUUUCGGAUAUGCUAGAGUGGGAAAAAUGGCGUUCUCCCAGUUUCAUUGAUGAAGAAAGAUUAUUUCCUCGCCUCCGUGAGCUUAUGAUGACGGAAUGUCCAAAGUUGAUUCCUCCGCUUCCAAAAGUUUUAUCUCUCCAUGAAUUAAAAUUAAAAGCAUGUAACGAAGUAGUGUUGGACAGCAUUGCAGUUGAUUUCAACUCCCUUGCAGCGUUAGAAAUUAGAGAUUGCAAAGAGGUGACAUGGUUGAAAUUAGAAAAGCUUGGCGGGCUGAAGCGUUUAAGGGUGUGUGGAUGUGAUGGACUCGUAUCCUUGGAGGAGCCAGCUCUACCAUGCAGUCUUGAAUAUCUGAAAAUAAAAGGGUGUGAAAAUCUUGAGAAGCUGCCAAAUGAAUUGCAAAGUCUCAGGUCAGCAACUGAGUUAGUAAUCCGAAAGUGUCCGAAGCUUAUGAACAUUCUGGAGAAAGGGUGGCCGCCCAUGCUAAAGAAAUUUGAAGUGGAUAAUUGUAAGGGGAUCAAGGCACUACCAGGUGAUUGGAUGAUGAUGAGGAUGGAUGGUGACAACACCAACUCCUCAUGUGUCCUUGAAAGAGUGGAAAUUUGGAGGUGUCCAUCUCUCCUUUUCUUUCCAAAAGGUGAAUUACCCACCUCACUUAAACAACUGAUAAUUGAAGAUUGUGAAAAUGUCAAGUCCCUACCGGAGGGUAUUAUGCGCAAUUGCAAUCUCGAGCGGUUAAAUAUAGAGGGAUGUUCAUCUCUGACCUCAUUUCCAAGUGGUGAGUUACCCUCCACCCUUAAGCACCUCAUUUCGAAUUGUGGGAAUCUGGAAUUGCUGCCGGAUCACAUGCCCAACCUCACUUCUCUUAGUAUUGAGGGAUGUAAGGGUCUCAGUCUCAAACAUCAUCACUUGCAAAACCUCACUUCUCUUGAAUAUCUGACAAUACGUGGAUGUCCGAGUCUAGAGUCAUUUCCGGAACGGGGUUUGGGUUUCGCCCCCAACUUGAGAGAUGUUGACAUUGUCGAUUGUGAGAAUCUGAAGACGCCUCUGUCAGAGUGGGGACUCAACAGGCUCCUCUCUCUCAAAUACCUCAGCAUUGCUCCAGGUGGAUAUCAAAAUGUGGUUUCAUUUUCACAUGGUCAUGAUGACUGCCACCUUCGUCUUCCUACAUCUCUCACCUCUCUAGAAAUUAGAAAUUUCCAGAAUCUGGAAUCCAUGGCCUCUCUGCCUCUCCCGACCCUCAUCUCCCUUGAACAUCUUUAUAUCUCGGAUUGUCCAAAGCUCCAGCAGUUUUUGCCAAAGGAAGGGCUGCCAGCAACACUCGGACGGCUUCAGAUCCAGGGUUGUCCUAUCAUAGAAAAGAGGUGCUUAAAGGGCAGAGGAGAAGAUUGGCCCCACGUUGCCCACAUCCCCGACAUUUGGAUAGGCCGCAAUUGAGACCUUCACUCAAUUUUCUUUCUGCAAAACAAAUGAGAGCAGAUGUUAUUCGACCAGGUCUGUCCAAUUGAAUUUGGACCUCAUGUUGGAGACUCUUAAGUUUGGAGUGAAUCUUGUGUGGACACUUGCUAUUUCUCAGUUGUUUUUCUUCUUUACAAAGCAAUGUUUACAGUGUGAUGAGUGAAUCAAGGGUAACCCAGUGAGAAUAAGAAAGAGCUGUUGCAGUAGCCUUUUGCUGCUGAUGCUAUAGUUUACCAUCGAAGCUAAGAAGUCUUGUGCUAAGUGAUUGUAUUUGAAGGAACCACCUACUAGAAUGAUUUUGUUUAUGGGAUUUGAUGGAAGUUGAUGACUAUUUAUUUAUUGUUCACGCUUCUGUGAAUAUCCAAAAAGUCACACAUUUUGGACAUUCAUAUGAUUUUGACUCUAUUUGCUCUGUUUUGAAUACUUGAAAAGGCCACACAGCAACGGUAGUUCUCCUGAAUAUUGAGAGAUUAAGUUCUGUUCACUUUUGAUGUUGCUUGAGAGAGUUGAGUUACAAUUGAAUUUUGAAAAUCUUUAA